UUCUUUUGUGUUGGUUUGGUCAGCAUUCCCAGUCCAUCGAGUCCCUCGCUCUAUUUCCCACUAUAAAUCAGACGCACAAUCCCCUACAAUGGGGACUCCACCAUUUCAAUCAAGACCCCUUUCCCUCUGCUCUGGUGUCCUGUGAAGUGUGAACCCAACUAAACGACACCCUCCUCACGUCAAAUAACUCAUCAAACGCACACCCUUCUCUCUCUCCUGCAUUUCUAUUUUCCAUAAAAGGCAGAGGCAGCUUCACCAAACAGUUCUCGCAUUCACAACCCAGAUUCAGGGCUUGUGAUUGAAAAAGGUUUUGCCUUUGAUCAGUGUUAUAGGUUGAGGUGAAAUCGAUUUGUUGGCAACAUGUAUCUUCUGAGGAGAAAAACUCAUAACCCUGUGGAGGAUGAUUCUGCACAAAAAGAGGCACAGAAAGAAGCAAAGAUCAAAGAACUCAGGGCUGCACUCGGCCCGUUAUCUGGGCGUAGUUUGAAGUACUGCACAGAUGCAUGCCUUGGGAGAUAUCUGGAAGCAAGGAACUGGAAUCUUGAGAAGGCAAAGAAAAUGAUAGAGGAGACACUCAGGUGGAGGGCAAGUUACAAGCCUGAAGAAAUCCGUUGGCAUGAAGUAGCACAUGAAGGUGAGACUGGCAAAGUGUCAAGAGCAAAUUUUCAUGAUCGACUUGGGAGGACUGUACUUAUAAUGAGGCCAGCAAUGCAGAACACAAAUUCACCGGAAGGCAAUGUUCGCCAUUUAGUCUAUCUUAUAGAAAAUGGUAUCCUCAACCUUCGUGAAGGUCAAGAACAAAUGUCAUGGUUGAUUGACUUCACUGGCUUCUCACUGAACACCAAUGUUUCCGUCAAGACAGCUCGUGAAUGUAUCAACAUUCUACAGAACCAUUACCCCGAGAGGCUUGCAGUUGCAUUUCUUUACAACCCACCUAGGAUUUUUCAGGCAUUCUGGAAGGCUGUCAAGUACUUCCUGGAUGCCAAGACAUUUCAGAAGGUGAAGUUUGUUUACCCCAAAGGUAAGGAAAGUGUGGAGCUCAUGAAGACUUUCUUUGAUGUUGACAAUCUUCCAGUCGAGUUUGGGGGACAAACCACCCUAAAGUACGAUCACGAGGAGUUUUCACGUAUGAUGGCCCAGGAUGAUGUGAAAACUGCCAAGUUAUGGGGACUUGAUGAGAAGCCAUGCAACAUAGCAAAUGGACAUAUGGGAGCAGAGGUGGCACCAGAGCCUAUUGCAACCGCCUGAAUAACCCUGCCUAAUGCCCAUUAUAGUAGUAAUCUAAAGAAUUAUACAAUGAGCAGAAGCUGAAUCUAUUUGUACAAGUCUUAGUUCUUGAGUUCGGAAACGGGAACCAGGAAGUGCUUAUGUUUUAGUUCCUUGGUUAAGGAUGAAUAAGUAUUUCAAGUACUGUGCUUAACUGCUGCUAACUAUGAGGGAGAGAGACCAUCCUCUUUAUGUUGUUUUUCUGAUGUUCUCACAUUGAACAUACGUUGUAAUGGCAUUCUAUCUUUGAAUGAAUCUUUCAUUUCUUCUUGCUC